AGUGGGCGAGGCGCUCCCGGGCGACAGCAGCGUCCGGGGGCACAAAAUGGCGCCCGGCGCGGCGGCCGUUGGGGUUCAACUGUGCGGCCGUUAAAUGGGUGCCUCGCGGGGACGCUGGUGGUGUUUCAGCCCUGGCACCUGCCUGCCCACGUACCGGCGACAGGCUGAAGGGAAGGCAGUGCUAAUCACAGGCUGUGACAAAGGUUUCGGACAUGCCUUGGCAAAACAGCUUCACACAAAGGGAUUCACUGUUUUUGCUGGAUGCUUGCUAGCGGACAAGAACGGAGAUGGAGCUGUGGAGCUGAAGAGCAUGAAGUCAGAUCGCAUGAAGGUGCUGCAGAUCAAUGUGUGCAGUGACCAGGAAGUGGCUCAAGCUGUGGAUUUUGUGAAGAGGAACCUGAAGGAGCCAGAGAAAGGACUCUGGGGCCUGGUGAACAAUGCUGGCGUCUCAGCCUUUGGAGAGGUGGAAUUCACAAGUCUAGACAAGUACAAAGAAGUGGCAGAGAUCAACCUGUGGGGCACCGUGAGAGUGACGAAGGCUUUCCUGCCCCUUAUUCGCAGAGCUAAAGGCCGUGUGGUGAACAUCACAAGCAUGUUAGGGCGAAUGGUGAGUCCGUCUCGUUCCUGCUAUUGUAUUUCCAAGUUCGGGGUAGAGGCCUUCUCCGACUGCCUCCGGCAGGAGAUGUACCGCUGGGGUGUCAGAGUCAUCGUCAUUGAGCCCAGUAACUUUGUGGCAGCGACGGGCAUCCUGACAGCAGAUGGCAUCGAUGCGGAGGCUGAGGUGCUAUGGAACGGGGCCAGUGACACUGUGCGGGAGGACUAUGGGAGGGCAUAUUUCACUCGCCACGUGGCCCUGAUGAAGUCCUUUGUUAACAGUGGCCUGAAGGACAUGUCUCUGGUCUUGAAUGACAUCACUGAUGCUCUCACUUCCAUGCACCCAAGCAACCGCUACAAUCCCAUGGAGACCUACUGGUGGGUGAGGCUGCAAGCCAUGACGCACUUGCCCACUGCCAUUGCUGACUGGCUUUACAUUCCCGGAGCCACACUGUAAAUGGGUGUCCUUCAAGCAUCCUUCCAGUGCUCAUACGCGUGGAUUAGAGCUGACUUAGGUCUGCUCUGCACCUGGUGCUGAUACAUCUCCCCCGUAGGUGCAUGUGUUUUCACCUUGGGUUAUGGCUUCAAGUCUUGUAUUGUGGGAUAUAGGUAAAGGCAUGGAGUUUCUGGCUCCUUAAUUCUUGCUCCUUGUAUUUCUUGCUGCUCUGAUUGAAGUUGAAAGGUGUUUUCCUUCUAACUGUGGAGGAAGCAGAGGAAGGUUAACAUAAUGGGUCAAAUAUGUGACUAGUGUAGUUGGGUCAGCAGAGUUUCCCCAGUGAUAAAUUUGGCUCAUUAAUGGGCUCUUGCUUUUCCUUACAAGGACAGGCUCGUGAUGACAAGGCAAAGCAGUUGCUAAGAGAUGUCUCAAAGAGAGAAGCUAAAAUGGGAAACAAAAGCAGAGUUUUUCAUUUGAUUGAAAAUAGGUCAGUCACAGCCUUCCUUUGUUUUCAUGAUGCUGCUAGGAAGUUUGGCUGCUCUUUGACUGUCUGCUCUUUCUAAAAAAAAAAACCAGCAACACUGCCUCUAAACAGCCUCAUUAUCUAGCUCUUGGGGGUUCAGGAUCCCUGCAAGGAAGGGAUCCCAGCACUGUGACCAGGAGCAGCCAGAGUCAGCAACUGCAGACAGACUGGGCAGGGAAGAGCCCUUCUAAUAGUGAGUCUGAACUUUCCUUCUGUCAUUCCCUGUGGAUGCUGUACUUGCAGCCUCUCUCCAUCCCCUGUGGAUGAGCUUUGUGGGGCAGACUGGAAUCUGAUGUAGCAAAUGGAAAUUUGACUCCUUUGCUACAUUAGGGACCAGUUCCUGAACCAUUCAGCAGUGGUACAGACACUGUACAGCAGCCCCCCAACUGCUCCCAAAUUGGUGCCUGCUGUUAGACUCCCACUGGUUGGUGAGGGAGCUGCUUUUGCAUUCUGAAACCAUAUUUUUCGUUUCAUCUGUUCUGCUUUUGAACAGUGAUGGGCACUGUGCAGCCAGGGUGGUGUGACUAUGUGCUCUGGGUGGAUGCUUUAAGUGACUGCCUUUCCUUUUCUUAAUAUCAUACAAUGCAAUUUCCAUGCCAUGCAUGACUGUCUCCUUACGGAGUUUCCUGACAGGUAUGGCAACUGAUAUGAGCUGCUUCUGCACAGUAUCCCCAAGGGCCAAACCCCCCUGUUGGCCAUAACCAGGAUUUUCAAUCAUUUUGUGCUGAGACUGCCUGGCUUCACAUCCUGUUUCCUCUUUCCAAGUGGUGAUUGCUAGUGUGGUAGCAAACUGACUCCAGGCACUGCUGACCAGUCCAGGAAUCUAACGUCUCGCUCUAGGACACGUGAACUCUAGGAUCAGCUUCCCACACUACUGCCAAGCUUUGUUUAGAACUUGUCCUAUGUGAGAUUAAGUGACUUAAAAGAGCUUGUCAUUUGCUCUUUUCUUGUCUAUCUCAGCUAGCUCUAACUUGGAAUUAUGUCUUAUAAACUUUUUGUAUGCCACUGACUGUGACUGCUUGGCAUCUGGAUGCAGCUGUGAAUGCUGUGAUGCCUGGGGAGGAAAGCAGGCUUCCCUUGGAGAUGUUGUGGAGAUAACGUAUUACAAAUAACUACUGGAAAUGCUGGCUGUGCAGUUCUUUCUUAUUGCAGGUCAUCAAAACCUGGAGACUGUCCGGGAUCCAGGACUUAGAACAAUCCCACUUUCCUACUGAACUGCAGCUUGUUUGAACAAUGUUGUAAUCACUUCUGUCCUGUGCACCAUGAAAUGUGAGUGAAGUUAAGUAGCACUGAUUUGUACAGAGAGAAAAAUAAACUGAGAUUUGUCAAGCACA